CAUAUAAAAAGUCUUUGCAGAGCAGUUGCAACACAGUUGACAGUUAAGAGGGAACAGUCAGCCUUUUCUUGCUGCCUUUGGAUUUCUGAGAACCAAAACAGGGAAUACCUCUGAAACGUUUAAAGUUGUUCUCAUUGCAGUCAUGUUUGUGAACACAAUUGUGACCAUUCUGCUUCUUCAGAUCAUACACGAAGGUAGCAUUGUGGUCGCACAGGGGGUGAAUCUGCGCUGUCAUUGCAUUACCAAGGAAAAAAAGCCCAUUGGCCGUUUCAUAGCAGUGUUGGAAGUGCACGCUGCAAGUUCCCACUGCUCUGAAAUUCAAAUAAUUGCAACACUUAAGAUGAAUAACAAAAAGGUUUGCCUCGAUCCUGAGGCUACAUGGGUCAAAAGAGUACUAAAGAAAAGACGUGCCAGGCAAAAAGUGAAAGAACAAACACCCAAAGCAUAGCUUUUCACCAUGGAAGCUUUGAAUGAACAGGACAAAGACUGUUUCCUGAAGGAAGAAGUUUCAUGCAACAAUUAUGACCGUCAGUAACUAAUGGGACACACCUAACUGCCAGCAAGGGGAGAGACAACAGGAAAAGCGAGCCUUUUCCCAUAAUCAUAUAACACAAUAUUCACUAUGUCUUAUCACCUUGAGCACACAUUGUAAAUAUUUAAAUCCAUUACUUUUAACAUGAAUUGUGUUUCAUCUUAAGGCUUAUGUAUAAAGAUGAUUUUUUUUCUUUUCUUAACAUCUAAAGUUAGCUUAUAUCUUUUUCUACAAAAAAGUCAGAGGGUUUAUGUACAGUUUGAAUUCCCUUUGUUAUCUAAUGUAGUAAAAUAAUGAUUAUGAAUAAACUGCUUCUCUUUAUCCUAAUAUCACAAUAUAUAUUUUUUUAUUUAUCUUGUCUUUUUUAUUUUUAAUUAUUAAAAAUGUAUACCAUAUCUUUAUGAUAUAUGUUUAAUUUAAGGUACAGUAAAUAAAUAAUGCAACAUCUAUUGUAAAGAUUUAGAUUGAAGUAACAACUCUGCAGUCUCUGUUUGGGUGAGAAUAUUUCUGUUAAAGAUUACAGGGCCCAAAUAUCUUAUUUGCAAAAGAAAACUAUUGUAGUUUAGAAAAAAAACUAUCUUAGUUUAGAAAAACAAAAAAAUCCAGAGGAGAAGUCCCUGGACCCUAAACCUUGCAGCCAUUAGAAAAUGGUCCAAGGCCAAAGGGGGCUUUAAUAUGUUUACCCAUUCUCAUAUUUUCCAUAGUGAUAUUCUUAACAACCAGAUGACAUCACCUACAAUCAUAGGAAUAACCAGAGUUAAUAUGAAAUGCAGUUCUCACAGCGUUUAAUUCCCUCGUAUUUCAGUCAGAGUUUAAUACAGCCAAAUAUUUAUGGAUUAUUUGUAUUGAUGAUGUGUGAAUCUGUUAAACCCUAAUAAUUUCUGCCUGUUGCAUGUCAGAACUAAUGUUUUCCCAAGUAGUUUAUCUAAUUAGAACAGUUUUUCUGUCAGGAUAAAAAGUCAUCUUCAUUAUGUACGUGGCAAAGAUUUUGGAAUGGAAUGAGAGCUUUGUCCUUGAUCUAAGAACAUAGUGUGAUAUUUUGAUAUGGCUGGAGCCUUGGAUGUCUCCUCA